UUUUUUUACUUUUUUUCUGCGGUGGGGGUGGGAAUUAGUGAAUGUAAACUUUUCUUAAAUGAUUACAUCAUCUAAUCAAUCAAUCAAUCAAUCAAUCAAUUAAUCAAUCAAUCAAUAAAAUGAGUAAAAUAAGUAAUAUAAAACAUUUUUAUAAAAGAUUUUAUUUUAUUCAAAUGAUUCUAUAUAUAAUUUUAAUACAUUUAUCCAAUUGUAAUUUAUUGAUAAAAGAAGAGAAAAUUUUACGUAAAUUAGUUAAUUUGAUUCAUUCUACAACAAACGAUUACAAUACAAUAUGUACAAUGAAUUCACAUAAAUUACAAUAUUUAUUAUAUACUACUUAUAAUACUACUACUACUACUACUACUACGAAUUAUAAUGAUAUUCCAUCAUCAUCAUCAUCAUCAUCAUCACAGCAGCAGCAGCAGCAGCAGCAUCAGGAGCAUCGUCAGCAGCAGCAGCAGCAAGAGUAUCAGGAGCAGGAUUAUCUACAAUGAUUAAUUUAAAUGAAACUUUCUAUCCAAUAUUUCAUCAUUUAAUAACACAAAAAUCUUUAACACAAAAUUUCUUAUAUGAUAUCUAUAGAUCUAUACAGAUGAUAAGACAUUUCAAUCGUUGGCAUAGCAACAACAACCAUCGUAAAAACCAAAAUAAUCCUAAUGAUGAAACAAAUCCUUAUACCAGGCAACAAUUAGAAUUAUAUUUAUUUAAUUUAUUACAAUUGAAUCAACCAAUUGAAUUUUAUAAUAUGGAUUUACUAUUAUUAUCAUUAAAUAAUAAUAAUAAUAAUAUUAAUAAUUUAACUAUGAAUUAUUAUCAAAAAUCUUAUUUAAUUGGUAUUGGUUAUUGUUUUAAUGGUAUAUUAAUGGCUUAUGUAAAUAAUUAUACUACUAAUAUUAGUAGUAUAAGUAGUACUGCCAGUAGUAGUAGUCAGAGUAGUAGUAGUAGUAGUACUACUACUACUAGUGAUUCCUUUGAUAGUAAUUCUAUGAAACAUAAUGAUAUAUGUAAUCAAUUUCAAUUGAAUAUACAAUCAUUUCAUAAUAAUCAUAAUGAUACUAUACGUUUCAGUGAUUAUAAUUAUGGUGAAUUUUCAUUAUUUUGGUCACCAAUUCAAUGUGAAUCUAAUUCAAUAAUACCAAUAGUUUUACGGUAUUUUAUUUAUACAAAAGAAAAAAGUUUAUUUUUCGAAUAUGAUUUGAGGGAUUAUACAAUUGAUCAAUGCGCUUUGAAUAUAAAUCGAUGUGGAGCAACAACUCGAGUAAGUUGA